AUAUUUACGUCGUAUAAAAUACAUCUUUGAUUCAUUAUUUAAGGAUAAAGUGGUCUCGAUGCGCUAGAAGCACUGUGCCGCUUCUCGUGCUAUCUUUGCUUGUUAGUUAGCUUAGCUGGCUAGUUAGCUUAGCUUGUUAGCUGCUAACAGAAGACACAGAAGUUAUCAACACAUCGCUAAGUAGAGAUCAAGUGUGAGAGUAAAGUGUUGUGAUUGUGUGAAAAUGUGCGAAAGAAGGAUAGCAAAGUAUGAGGAGGAACUUUGUCCAACAAAAGAGGAGAAGGAGCGACAACAUCAACUACUGGACGUUUAUUAUAAGAAACAUCAUCAAGUUGUGUUACACAGAACAGACGUUGAUGAAGAACAUCUUCCUCGUGAGCAGGAGGAAGAACCACAGUCCCCCAACAUACAUGAGGACAAAGAGGUACCACAUUCCCAACACAUCAGAGAGGGAGGAGAGGAGCCACAGCCCCCCCACAUUAAAGAGGAAGACGAGGCGCCACAAACCCAUAAUGUUAAACUGACCCUUCACAUUAAAGGUCAAGCGGAGGACCCACUGAUCUUACACAUCAAAAAUGAAGAGGAGGACCCACUGACCCCUCACUUUAAGGAGCAAGAGAACCUGCUGACACCUCACAUUAAAAAGGAAGAGCUGGACCCACUGAACCCCUACUUUAAAGAGGAAGAGGAGGACCAAGGGCCGCCGCACAUUAAGGAGGAAGAGGAGGAAGAGGGCAUCAGUCAGCCUAAAUGGUUGGAGGAGUUCCCAGUGACUGGUGUCCCUGUGAAGAGUGAAGAUGAUGAGGUGAAAGGUGAAAGUGAGGAGAGGGGAGGGGGGGAGCCUCCAAGCAGCAGCUCAACACAACACAUGACAACAGAAGCUGAUGGAGACCACUGUGGAGGAUCACAAGCAGACAAGCUCUUAGCUCCACUAUCAGAUAGUGAGGACACAACGUCACACUCUCCUGACACUGAUGAUGAAGACUCUAAAGAUGAUAAGACAUGUCACACUGACAACACUCACUUCACAUCUUCUCUCUGUCACAAAACUUUUAAAUACCGUCGUAGUCUGAAAAGACACAAGAGAACACACACUGGAGAAAAAACUUUUAUUUGUUCAACCUGUGGUAAAGGUUUUGCACAAAAUCAGAGUUUGAAAGUCCACAUGAGAACACACAUUGGUGAAAAACCUUUUUCCUAUUCAACCUGUAGUAAAGGUUUUACUAGCAGUCAAUGAAGAGG